GGAACAAGUGAAGAAGAAGAAGAAAAUACUUCCUGGAUCCAGAGCUGUCGGACCAGAGGCGUCGCUAUGUUGAGACUAUAAACUGACGAUGAAAAGUAACCCUCUUCAGUGUCUCCAUCAUUGACAAACCCUCUCUGUGAAACAAUGGACGACCCCGAAGAAGCAAUGAGCGUGUCAUUAAGUGGCUCCUCCCCCGGAGAAGCCGUUUCCGGCCGAGGCCCGAUUCUGGCUAAUGAGGAUGAGGACCUCUACUACAUCCCUGAAAGAAGACCUUCUCUUGACCUCGGGCCAGGUCCAAUGGAUACCAGCAACUGGCAUCACGUGGAGCAGGCCCUGACUCCAGCUCAGAGCUACAAGUCAAUGGCGAGUGACGGCACAAACACAAUGGACGAUGACAACAAAUCCUACACCGGGGUCCAGCUGACCAGAACCGAUUCAUACUCGAGCUGCUACUCCUUUGACAGUGAUGACUGUGAAAAGCGAACUCCCAAGACCAAAGUGCAGGAGGAGGAUGCAGACAAGGUUAAAGAGGAUGAAUCACAGACUACAGACAUAAGUGACAUGCUCAAAGGGAAUGAGUUUGCUCAUCCAUCCUUGAAUGUGGAAUUCACUUUCAAAUUAAUUUCUGACACCCUGAAGAAGCUGGCCCGCUGGGAGCUGAGGGACUUCAAGACAAAGCUGUGGGGGCAUUUCCCAGAGUUGUUCUACGCUUCGCCUGAACACGUGGACCUGGUGAACCUCGUCGACCGGCUGCUCGAGUGUUACAGCCUCGAGGCAUCUCUCCAGAUCACCAAAACCGUUCUGGCCGAGUUGAAACUGACUGCGGCAGUCGACAGCCUCUGGUUGGAGUGCGUCAGAAAUCAAGUGCGUUAUGAGUUGCGUGAAAUUCUGAAGGAAAAAUAUGCCGAGGCCGACGUCGGAGGAGAGAAGAGGCCCUUCGAUGAAAUCUACACUGACCCCCGCAUUUAUAGCAAAACUGACUUUGGUCCUAAUAUUGAACACGAGGUCGCGACUAUCCCAAAGCUGAGCACCAACAAAUCAGAGCCCAAGCUGAUCACGCUGAACGACAUUCACGCCCCUGAAAAUGUGGACCGUUACGAUCUGCAGUUUGUGUUAGUCACCGGUAUGGCCGGAUCGGGAAAGUCUAUGCUGGUGCAAAGAUUAAUCCUCGACUGGAGCCACGGACGAUCUCACCAACACGUGACUUUCUUGUUUCCGCUUACAUUCAGAGAACUCAAAAAAUUCGCAGAGGGGAAAGUCUCUCUGCUGAGCAUCAUUAAUGAGCUGUACCCACCAACCACAAAACUCAAAUUUGAGGAUAUUUCAAAGGAGGACUGCAAAGUAAUGUGGGUAUUUGAUGGUUUGGAUGAAUUCAGUGGCAAGAUUGACUUUUUUAACACCGAAUUAUAUGGAGCCUACCCAGACCCCACAUCGCUGAAUGUGAUCGUGGUCAACCUGCUGAGAGGGAGGAUUCUCUUCCACGGCCUGAUUCUGGUCACGACCCGGUCGCAGGUGAAGCGCACCAUCCCGUACGACGUGCACUGCUGGGAGGUACAGCUGCAAGGUUUCAGCGAGCCACAGAAGGACGAGUACUUCACUAAAAGGUUCAAGGACGAGGCACAGGCCGCCCGAGUCAUUUCACACGUGAAAUCUUUGAAGACUUUCCACAUCAUGUGCCACCUGCCCUUGUUCUGCUCGCUCAUCGCCGACGAGUGCCAGCGCGCAUUCACGGAGCAGGGGAGCCAGGCCGAGCUGCCCAAGAGCCUCACCAACAUGUACACCAAGCUGAUGCUGCUGCUUAUGCGACAGCUUCGCUCCUUCAGAGCUCCAGGUCGCACUGCAGACGAAGAAAGGGACUUUCUCAUGGACACUGGGAAAAUGGCCUUCACCAUGCUGGAGAAGGGCGCCUUCCUCCUCGACAAGAGCUACGAGUGGGAGCAGCACGGGGUCAGUGACAGGGAGGUAGUGGAUUACAGUGGCUUCGGAACCGAGUUCUACAUAAAGCCGAUGAUCCUGUACCGAGAGAAAGCCUUCAGCUUCAUCCACCCCACCAUGCAGGAGUACAUAGCUGCUCUGUAUGUGUUCCUCUCCUUCACCAACCAGGGCAAGAUGAUUUUUGAGCGUCAACUCAAAAGCACAUUGAAAGGCAUCUUCAAGGGAUCAAAGAUAAUGGAACUGUACAAGAGCGCCUUGGAAAGGAACCUUAAGUGCGAGGAUGCCAAAAUGGACUUUUUCCUGAGAUUCCUGUUUGGGAUGUCGGCCAGAGAGAACCUGGAGCUCCUGGCUCCCAUCUGCAACACGUCACAGUGUGCAUCCGCCACCAGCGACGCCGCAGCGCUCAUCAGGAAGAGGAUGAGGGACGGUCAGCAUCCAGACAGGAUGAGAAACUUGGAGCACUGUCUGGAGGAGCUGGGCGUGUGCGACCCAUCUGCUGAAACAUCUAACGGUAAACCAAGAUGAAGAGAACCAAACAACCAACAAAACACGACGACGUGAUUUGAAGUGAUGGACUACAAGAAAAAAAAAGUUUCUGAACAAUUCUGUUUUGAGAUUUUGUUGCGAUAUUGCUUCCUCCACAAGUGAAUUUACACUAGUCCUGCAAAUCUUGAUUUCAGAAUAAACAAAACACACUAUUUUGCAUUUGUAAUCAAAGAAUAAUUAGAUGGGAUGCUGGGAUUAUUUUUGAUACAUGUAAACAUAUUAGGUUUUUUUUGUAGUUCAUCUUCCAUCAUUUACAAGCAGUGACAAAUUGUUUCUUUCUGAAUGUCUGAUAAGUGUCGGAAUCAACCAUUUUAAUUUAUAGCUUUUUUUUUUAUUCUUCAAGCUUGAGUUUGUGUAAGAAGUGAUCAAAUUAUUGUUAUCUCAUGGUGAUAUAUUUCAGUGCAGUUGAAAAAUAAACCGUAAAUUGCAAUCAUUUACUGAAACGACAUUUUUCACAUAUCUGGUAUUUAAUGGCAAGAAUGUAA